GGAGAUUUCUGCUUUCCCCGCUUCGACCUACCGGCGCAGAGGUUCAGUCUCCCGGCUCAUUAUUUGGAGCGCACCUCGGCGUGGUGGUACCCAUACGCCCUCAGCUCAUCCGCCCACCUCCACAGAACCGAAGUCGCGCAGAAACCAUUAACGGAAUACAAGACAGAGGCAGAUUCAGUCAAUACUGCGAUUACUGUUAUGAAGCGAGAAUGAGUAGCGCAGAAGACAGCGGGAGCAAAUGCUCGUCGGGCCCGAUUUCCAGCUUCACCAUCCAGUCGAUUUUAGGGACGCCGAACGACGCGCCGCGCACCGGGACCAAGGAGCUCUCCAAGGGGCCGCCGCCGGCGCAGCGGAGACGCUCACUGUCCGUGUCCUCGGAGGAUGAGUGCAGCGGAGGGGAGGACUCAGCAGACUGCUUCUGUUCCGACACGGGUCACAGCGAACCAUGCAACCAGCACCAAACCCACAACUUCUCAUGUUUAGGUCCAACGAAAGGACUCCUGUCUGGGAACGACGCGCACGCACGGCGGCCGCACCACCUGCCGCAGCCUCUGCUGCCGGACUAUAAGGAGGAGCAGGAGCGACCGUGCCACCAAAUGUCUCCUCUGUCGGAGGAGCGACAGACGGACGCUGCGGACAAGCAGGGCGGCUCGGCCAAGAAGAAGACGCGCACGGUUUUCUCACGGAGUCAGGUGUACCAGCUGGAGUCCACCUUCGACAUGAAGCGCUACCUGAGCAGCUCGGAGCGGGCCUGCUUAGCUUCCAGCCUGCAGCUGACGGAGACUCAGGUGAAGACGUGGUUCCAGAACCGGAGGAACAAGUGGAAACGGCAGCUCUCGGCGGAACUGGAGGCGGCCAACAUGGCACACGCGUCCGCACAGACACUGGUGGGGAUGCCGCUGGUUUUCAGAGAUAACUCCUUACUGCGCGUUCCUGUUCCGCGCUCCAUCGCCUUCCCGACGCCCCUGUAUUACCCGGGAAGCAACCUGCCAGCUUUACCGUUAUACAACCUGUAUAACAAGAUUGAGUACUGACCCACUCCGUGCGUAAAGACGCACAAAAACGACACUUGUGAAUAUCCUACAAAAACCGCCUGUAUAUUGUUUCACUUUAUUUGCUGAUUUAAAUCUUAUUAUGCAGUAAGCUCCACGUCUCACAAGAAAGCAAUCAAGCUUCCUCAUGUAUGUAUAAAAUACACAAUGUGUAUAAUUAACUACAAUAUUUUUUACUUUUAUUUUUCAGCUAAUACAUAAAAUUUUUCCUUCAAGUCAC